GGAAGGAGCGAGUUCUUGUGCAAAAUGAUUGUACAAUGAUGCGAGGCUGGAGGGAAUUUUAGUGCUCUUGCUCUUAAAAAUGUAUUUGUGAGGUGAGGCUGGUUGGAGUAACAGUCUCAAUCAGGACAAUCUGCGAUCCGGAUCACGUGAACAAAUAUGCCUGUAUUUUAAGGCAGCGCCUUUAUUUGUCAUGAUAAGGUUUCCGAAAUAUACUAAUGUUGACUCAUUUGGCGAGCCUUCCUCUGUAAAACGUUCACUUUUUUUCCAAAUGGGAAGUUGAUUGCAAGUAAUAUUUCGUUUUGGAAUAAGAAGACCUUCUUGGCUUUUUAUUGGUAGCUGAGUGAGUGGCUCCCAUUCUUUCGGGAAUACUGUCUGCAUUGGUAUAUGGAAAUGCCUGGAAAAGCGCGAGAUCAGUUUUAAGACAGUACUGUCUAUAGACAAAGGGUGAAGGAUAUAUCCCAGCAGCCGAACUGAGAGAUAUUGAGACUAAGAAGCACAGCUGUAAUAAAUUGACAUCACAGGUCGCCGUCUAAAUUAUGAAGAUCGCUUGAGGAGAAACAGAGGAGAGAAAACCACAGACUGCGGUCAAAGGACAGAAAAUCUGUGGGAAGCUCCUAUCACGUGAUUGACAAGUCCAUGCAACUGGACAGGGGUUCACAGGCUCUCUUAGUUUGAACCUUCGCAAUGCAGAAAGCCACUUAUUAUGACAAUGCUGGACUUUUCGGAGGAUAUUCGUACCCUAAAUCUGACUCCUAUACAUACGGUCCUACACACCAAGGCUUCUCAUCCUCCAGCAUGGAGAACGACUUUCAAAAUCCAAUCUGUCCCAUCCAAACCACGUCAAUACGGCCACCAGCACAUAAAAAUGGAGACAUCAGUGGCAGCUGUAUGCGACCGAGUGCCAGCCAGGGCAACAGCCAAACAGAGAGUAUCAGUGAGCAGCAGCAGGCCGCUCCUUUAGCAGCCAGCUCACCCAGCCCUAACAGCAGCUCCACACAAAAAAAGAAAUCUCCCAGCACCACUGGCUCCAGUACUGCCACCCCAGUCAUAGCCAAGCAAAUCUUCCCUUGGAUGAAAGAGUCACGCCAAAACGCAAAGCAGAAAAACACCAACUGCCCAGCUGCAGGAGAAACCUGCGACGACAAGAGUCCACCCGGCCCUGCCUCGAAACGAGUGCGCACUGCCUACACCAGCGCCCAGCUGGUUGAACUGGAGAAGGAGUUUCAUUUUAAUCGCUACCUGUGUCGGCCCAGAAGAGUGGAGAUGGCUAAUCUGCUCAACCUCACCGAGCGCCAAAUAAAGAUCUGGUUUCAGAACAGGAGGAUGAAGUACAAAAAAGAUCAGAAAUCUAAAGGCAUAAUGCACUCUCCCUUAGGACACUCUCCGGACAGAAGCCCGCCGUUAAGUGGCUCGAAUCACAUUGGAUAUUCUGGUCAGCUUCCAAACGUAAACGGCCUAAGCUACGACGCGCCAUCUCCUCCGUCCUUCGCCAAACCGCAACAGAACAUGUACGGCUUGGCAGCCUACACGGCGCCACUGGGCGGCUGCAUACCGCAACAGAAAAGAUACCCGGGAGCAGAGUACGAGCACCACAGCAUGCAGGGGAAUGGGAGCUUUGCAAAUGCCAAUUUACAAAGCAGCCCUGUUUACGUCGGGGGAAACUUCGUUGAUUCAAUGCCAGCGUCGGGCCCAAUGUUCAACCUCGGUCAUCUUCCCCAUCCCUCAUCCGCUAGUGUGGACUACAGCUGCGCGGCUCAGAUCCCGGGUAACCACCACCACGGACCGUGUGACCCCCACCCCACAUACACAGACCUCAGCUCUCACCACGCGUCUCAGGGAAGGCUGCAGGAUGCACCCAAACUCACGCAUCUGUAA